AUGGCGACGCUCCGGCGCAGCGUGACCUCUCUGUUGGCGACUCGUUCGCCUGUUUUCCCCUCUUCCGCGGUUUCUUUCUCUUCUUGCUCUUCCACUUCUCCGUCGUUCAUCGCGUUGAGGCCACGAUUCUCUCCAGGGGCAACUGGCGCACUGCACCCUCAGGCCGCGUCCGCAGAAACCGGGAACCGCUUAUGCGGAGGCUUUCUGCAAGUUCGCACGGUCGUCAAUCGAGUGAAGAAGGUGGAGGAUUUCCAGAAAGUGACAGAUUCUCACGAAGACACUGCGGUGAAGGUCGUACAGUUCUCCGCGUCCUGGUGCGGGCCUUGCCGCCAGGUGACUCCAACUAUUGAGGGAUGGAGCGAGAAAAUGCCGUCAAACGAGGUUCAGUUCUUUCACGUGGAUAUCGACGAGUGUCCAGAACUCGCCGAGGAAUACGAUAUCUCCAGCGUGCCCACGUUUCUCUUCUUCAAAAACGGGAAGAAAGUCAGCACAGUCCUGGGCGGGAACACGGCGAAACUCGAGGAAGCAAUCAAGGCAUCUACGAACUGA